AUGUCUGGCUGGGCGCGUGCGCUGUCGCUCGCGGCCGUCCUGGUCGUCAUGGCGUGCCUCGUCCCCGCGGCGACGGCGAGCCUGCAUGCGGAGGAGACGCUGGCGUCGCAAUUCGCGGAAUUCAAGCAGAAGCAUGGCAGGGUGUACGGGAGCGCCGCAGAGGAGGCGUUCCGCCUGAGCGUGUUCCGGGCGAACCUGUUUCUUGCGAGGCUGCACGCCGCGGCAAACCCACACGCGACCUUCGGCGUCACGCCCUUCUCGGACCUCACGCGCGAGGAAUUCCGGUCCCGCUACCACAACGGCGCGGCGCACUUUGCGGCGGCGCAGGAGCGCGCGAGAGUGCCGGUGGACGUGGAGUUUGUUGGCGCGCCCGCGGCAAAGGAUUGGCGCGAGGAAGGCGCCGUGACAGCCGUCAAGAACCAGGGAAUGUGCGGCUCGUGCUGGGCCUUUGCCGCCAUUGGCAACAUUGAGUGCCAGUGGUUUCUCGCCGGUAACCCGCUGACGAGACUGUCGGAGCAGAUGCUCGUGUCGUGCGACAACACUAACUCUGGCUGCGGUGGUGGCUGGCCGUUGGUUGCCUUCAAGUGGAUUGUGGAUCGGAAUAACGGCACCGUGUACACGGAGGAGAGCUACCCCUAUCAUUCGUGCAUCGGGAUAUCGCCGCCGUGCACGACAUCAGGCCACACGGUGGGUGCCACGAUUACCGGUUACGUUACUAUACCAAGGGACGAGAAUGGAAUAGCCGCAUGGCUUGCAGUCAAUGGCCCGGUUGCCGUUGUCGUCGACGCCAGCAGUUGGAUUUUCUACACGGGCGGCGUUAUGACGAGCUGCGUCUCCAAGCAGCUGAGCCACGCCGUUCUUCUCGUCGGCUACAAUGACAGCGCCACAGUGCCGCACUGGAUCAUCAAGAACUCGUGGACCACGCAUUGGGGCGAGGAUGGCUACAUCCGCAUUGCAAAGGGCUCGAACCAAUGCCUUGUCAAGGAGGGGGUGAGCUCCGCGGUGGUCGGCGGCCCCGGAGCCACUCCCGAGCCAACCACCACGACAACCACAAGUGCCCCAGGACCGUCCCCAUCGUACUUUGUGCAGAUGUCCUGCACUGACGAUGCGUGCAUUGUGGGGUGCGAGAACGUGACGUUACCGACCGGUCAGUGUCUCCUGACCACCAGCGGCGCCUCUGCCAUUGUCACGUGCGGUGCUGAGACUCUCACAGAGGAAGUCUUCCUUACGAGUACGCACUGCAGCGGCCCAUCGGUGAGGUCCUCUGUUCCUCUCAACAAAUGCAACCGGCUGUUAAGAGGCUCCGUUGAGUUCUUCCGCGGCUCCAGCUCCAGUGGCCGACUGGCCGACGUUGACAGGCAGCGUCGCUAUCAGCCAUACCACAGCCGUCAUCGCCGUCUCUGA